UCUCUUGGCCAUAUUUUACAGUUGAUGAACGUCUGCUCCAUGACUUUAGCUGUAGGCUACCUGGUAUGAAUGAAUAAUAUCGUAUGCAAACGAAUGCACAUUAUAGUGAAUGUUGAUCUCAGUACGUCCCUGCACAUGAUGCUCUCCUAGCGCCCCUAUUUUUUUUAUGUGCCACUUAGUUGUAUCCUGUGAACAUAUGCCUUAUGCUGCCCUCACUGAAAGAUUAGUUAGUUGUCAGGUAGAUAUUGCUCACAUCCCCAACAAUGCUGUGGUACGGCCGGCCAUCUGUCGCAGUGUGAAUGGAACUGUCAGUUGGUCCGUCUGUAGACCAGGCCUGACUCAUGACUGAGUACUACGAGGAGGGGGGGCUGCUGUACGAGCACUCGCCUCCCAUGCACAUCAAAGUGGAGUCUCCGGAGGGACCCUUCGGAGGGGGCGUCUCAGAGGACGGCUUUCCCAGGGAGGAUGAGGACUCGGAAGGCAGCUGUGACCAAAGCAGCGGGCUGCCUGGUGGACUCCCCUUCAACGUGGUGGUGGUGCAUCCUAACAUCAUGACCCCUGGCAUGUCCUCAGAUGACCUCCUAUCCAUGGAACAGCACAGAGGUUUGUCCUCUGUGUUGACAGCAGGGGGUGCAGGAAAGAGGAAGAGUCGUUUUAGCGGUGCAGAGCUGGAGGUGCUGGUUUCUGAGGUGACGCGGUGUGAGGGAGAGCUUUUUGGUCCUGCUGGGAGGCUCCGGCGCAGGGAGAGAGAGAGGAUCUGGGCAGGGAUCCUGGAGCGGGUCAACGCUGUUUCCAGAGUCCCUCGUACCCUCCGCGAGGUCAAGAAGCGCUGGGACGACCUGAAGAGACGCAAUGGAGGCAGGCUGGCAGACGCUAGGCACCGCACUUGUUACCUGCCAUCCAACAGAGAGGCUUCCAUGCUGGGACGGUCAGCUCAGGCAAGCCCCAGGCUUCACCAGGCCAGACAGAAGCAAAGCACCAGAGGGAAGGCCAGUUUUACGUGCUUCACUGAUACAGAACCAGUGGGUGGAGGUGAAGGGUUGGAGAGGGAUGGCUUUGAGAAGGAUGAGGAUAGUGGUGAGCGGGAAGUGGAGGUGGGAGAGGCGGAAUGCGAGGGGGCAGAGAGCAGUAUGGAGGAAAAGCUGGGUUUAGGACUGGGACUGGGGAUAGGACCUCCCCCUAACUCGGAACGCUGGCUGCCUCCCUCUCCCCUCUACAGUGCCCCUUUCCUCAAUGGGACCCCUCAGCCUAGUCCCCAGCCAUCACUAGGAGCCCAGCAGGGACCAUUGGAGGCCCCUCCUCGUGGCUUAUGGCUGGAGGACGAGCUCCGCGGCGUGGGGGAGGCAGCUCUGCAGCUGGGGGAUCGGGUGGAGCAGAGUCUUCGGGAGUUUGGGGAGGGAUUCCGACGUGAUAUGAGAACAUUAGUGGCCUCUCAAGAGGCACUGGCAACCAGCCUACAGCAAAACAAUGUUCUCCUGCAAAGGCUGCUGGGAGUCCUAGAGGCACAGCAGCAGCAGCAGCAACAACAACAACCACCACAGCAGCAGCCACAUCAUUCCCAAAAACAACAGCCACAACAGUCAAUAACGCAGCAACCACAACAGUUACAGCAGCAGCAACCACAGCCUCAACAACCAAUUCAGCAGCAGCAACAUCAACAGAUACAGCAUGGUGCAGCAACAACAACAACAGAUACAACAGCAACAACUGUUACUACAGCAACCCCAGCAGCAGCAGCAACAACAAAUACAACUGCUACCACAGCAACCACAGCAGCACCACCCCCAGAGUCUAAGUAA